CUUCCGGUGGCCACAUGCUUUCGGGGUUGAGCUUUGUAAAUAAUAAUUGAAAGUCGCGGUUGUUUAUGUUAGGUUAUGAGUUAUGGGAAAGUCUAAGAAUAAGAAAGGGAAGGGGACUAGGAACAACCCCACAGGUCUUCCAAGCGUCAAAGAUUUUAAUUUAGAACAAGAUGAGUUUGGAGAUAGUGACACAUACAACCACUCUGUGGCCAAUAUUGUUGAAAAGCUCCAGAGCCUAAAUGUAGAAGAGAAGAUAUGUGCUUGCAGCACUAUUUCUACCCUGGUCCGACAACCGAAGGCCAUUAGGAUGUUACUUCAGAAUAAUGUAGUUAAAGUGAUGGGGCCACUCAUAGUGGACAGUAGUCAACAAGUCAGGAAGACAGCACUAGGCGCACUCAGGAACAUGACUGUAGAUGGCAGCUUUGAUGUUUGUGACAAAAUGAUAGAAGCAGAUGUGUUGACUCCACUGUUUUCUCUCCUCGCCGAGUAUGGAGAGGAGUGGAGUCCCAGUGACAAGGACGAGAGACUAGAUAUUAUUGUUCAAGCCACUCAUUUACUGUGGAACUUAUGUGAGAGCAAUGAAAUAACCGUGAAGAGAUUUAACCAGGAAAACGUUUUGCCAAUAUUACUACAGUGUUUGCAGCCUCAGGUGCAUGGCUAUAAUCUGGCAUUGGUUGUAGCACAGUGUCUACAAACAGUCAGCGAGGACAAUCCAGAGAUCAUGUCAGCACUCAGCAAGGAGGCCACCAUGACCUUACUGAUGGAUCUUAUACAGAGGAAACAUGAGGAUAUGCAACAGAUGCUGCUCAGAGUGGUAGCGGCGGGUGACAGGAGUCCCAUAUACGUACUAACCCCAAUACUCCCACUAACCUGUACGAAUCACAUGGUACCCCCGACCUUCAUUCCUAGGGCUACUAUUCCUGUCACAAAAUGA